AUGUCUUCAAACCGCUACCACCAGGGCCAAUCUGGAUCCGCGAGGCGCAGGGCCAACCCGACCCAGCCACAAACCACCAGAUAUGCUUCCACGUUGCUUGGAAGACUCAGCAAUCUCGAGAAAAUAUUUACGUAUCGGUGCACAGAGAAGGAGUCUCAAGAGUUGAAACUUAAAGAUGCAGUGGACACACUCCGGUCCGCGCAACACAGGCUAAGCAACCGGCGAUCAGACCAAGACAUAUUCAAUCUUGUCACGGAAUAUCGCAAAGCUGUGACGAAUUUUGAAGACGAAUUGAAAUUGGUGCGUGCCUUGACGAAGAAUUUAGCAAGGAUAGCACAAGAGCAACAAAGUAUGCUGAAGGAUAUCGCGAAGGAACAGAGCAGACUGAGCAGUCAGCAAGAGGAUAACUGA